AUGGCCACCCCACCAGACCCACUCCCCACCCUCACGGCCCUCCAGACCAUCGGCCUCCCCCUCGUCUGGCACCACUCGCACAGCCUCGCCCUCCCCGCCCCAGCGGCAUCCGUCCCGGAGCCGGCCACCGCCUUCCUCGGGAAGCUCGCCCGCGCCGCCCAGACCGUCUCCGCACGCCACCUGCUCGGCAGCCUGCUCGCGGGGCCCGACAGCGAGGCCGACGACGCCCUCGACAUCCCGCUCCUGCUCGGCUCGCCCCCUGACCGCCCGGGAAAGACGCUCGACUGGCUGCUCGCCCGGCUCGGCCUCGCCCAUCUCGACCCCUCCCUCCUCACCAUCAGAGAGCCCUUCGAGGAGGCCUCCGCCCAGCAGCAGCACCAGCCCUGGGUCCUCGCCCGCCUCUCCGCCUGCCAAGUCCAGACAGCCGCCGCAGACCCCGAGCACGCCGAGCUCGAGACCCUCCUCGCCGCACUCCGCCCCCGCCUCUCGCUCGAGAUCGAGCUGCCGGAGAGCCCCAAUCGCCCCGUCUGUCUGCUCGUCGGCCCCAUCCCCCAAGCCCUCAACGUCUGGGGCGGGCUCAUCAGCUACCGUGUAUCCUCGUGA